GAGAGGAUUGCUAUUACUUGGGUUUGUAACUGGAUUUCUGAGAGACUUAGGGAGAACUGAGAGAAUAAGGAGACUGAGAGGAGGAAAGAGAGAGGAAAAAAGAAAACAGAAGAACUAGAUGGAUGCUGACCAUCUUUCUGAAAUAGAAUCUCCAUGGCCUGAACAUUUCUUGACAAUCAUUUUGAGCAAAUUAUACGUUUAAUAAGAAGAUAACCACAUCAAGAUGGUGGGAAAGCUGAAGCAGAACUUACUUUUGGCGUGUCUGGUGAUUGGUUCUGUGACAAUGUUUUACCUGGGCCAGCAUGCCAUGGAGUGCCAUCACCGAAUAGAGGAACGUAGCCAGCCAGCUAGACUGAGGAACCCCAAGACAACUGUGGGAACUGGCCUGGACAUCAAAUCCAACAAAACACUCACUUAUCACAAAGAUAUGCCUUUAAUAUUUAUCGGAGGUGUGCCUCGGAGUGGAACCACGCUCAUGAGGGCUAUGCUGGAUGCACAUCCUGACAUCCGCUGUGGAGAGGAAACCAGGGUCAUCCCUCGAAUCCUUGCCCUGAAGCAGAUGUGGUCCCAGUCUAGUAAAGAGAAGAUCCGCCUGGAUGAGGCUGGUGUCACUGAUGAAGUGCUGGAUUCUGCCAUGCAAGCCUUCCUUCUGGAGGUCAUUGUUAAACACGGGGAGCCAGCACCUUAUUUAUGUAACAAAGAUCCUUUUGCCCUGAAAUCCUUGACUUACCUUGCUAGGUUAUUUCCCAAUGCCAAAUUUCUCCUGAUGGUCCGAGAUGGCCGGGCAACAGUACAUUCAAUGAUUUCUCAAAGAGUUACCAUAGCUGGAUUUGACCUGAACAGCUACAGGGACUGUUUGACCAAGUGGAAUCGGGCCAUAGAAACCAUGUACAACCAGUGUAUGGAGGUUGGUUAUAAAAAGUGCAUGUUGGUUCACUAUGAACAGCUUGUCUUACACCCUGAACGGUGGAUGAGAACACUCUUAAAGUUCCUGCAUAUUCCAUGGAACCAUUCAGUUUUGCACCAUGAAGAAAUGAUCGGGAAAGCUGGGGGAGUGUCUCUGUCAAAAGUGGAAAGAUCAACAGACCAAGUCAUCAAGCCUGUCAACGUGGGGGCUCUAUCAAAGUGGGUUGGGAAGAUACCCCCAGAUGUUUUACAAGACAUGGCCGUGAUUGCACCCAUGCUUGCCAAACUUGGAUAUGACCCAUAUGCCAAUCCCCCUAACUAUGGAAAACCUGACCCCAAGAUCCUUGAAAACACCAGAAGGAUGGUAGAGGAGAGUGAAGAGCGCCUCACGGAGGAGCAGAUUGAAGCCCUUCUGCAUACUGUCACCAGCAUUCUGCCUGCAGGCCCAGAGGAUGAACAGAGUAAAAACACUAGCAAUGAUGUGGCCAUGGAAGAGGAAGACCCAGCGUAGAUGUGCACAGCUGGCCAGGUUGUUCGUGAAGUUCGAAACCCCAGCAGCCAUUUCCUGGAUGUUCAGAGAAUUGUGUAUUUGGUUUUACCCCCUCUCUCAAAAUGCCUGAUCUCAGGGUGGGUUGGGAAAAUCACAAAACUAAGAUAAAAAGAAUCUUUGUGCCUUGGGAUCAAGAAACAUGGGAUCAGAGAAGGGCAGAGAACUCAAGAUGAGGGGAUGUGGCUGUGCAGCCCUCUGGGGUAGAAAGACUUCUGUGGCCUCUGCCACACUUGUACACAGUGGUAAGCCAGUCAGGUGCUUUGGUGGCUGUGUUGUAGGCAAUGGCAGGAGCUCCUGGGUGAGAGCAGAGCUGUGGGAAUGGGCUCAGAUGGUUGAGAGCACCCAGAGCUGCACACAGCUGCUCCAGGGGAAUGACCCAGAGCUUAGCUCACUCUAGAGGAAUGUCCUCAGCAGAAACAGGAGGUGAGAAAAGGAGAUUAAGAGCCCAUGCUGGUCUACAUAGUAAGGAACACACAUGUGAACACAGCUAACAUGCAUGCAUGCCACAUACAUACAAAAAAUUAGUCCGUUUUCUGUUGCUCAAAACAACUCUAUAGCCUUGGUAAGUGACAAGAAAAAGAUACUUAUUUUGGCUCAUGGUUCAGGUCCAAGGUCAUAGGGCGUCCUGGGUAUGGACCUCUUAUUGCCAGAAUGCUGGGGUAGCAUAGGAUACCACCUGAUGGAAAAUGAGAAGCACUUGUUUAUUUUCAGUCUCUUGUCGCCCAAAUUGUCCUUGAACUCAGUAUGUAGCCCACUCUGUCAUCAGACUUUUGAUGAUUCUUCUGCCUCAGCCUCGUGAGUGUGGGAUUAAAAAUGUGUGCCACUCACUUGAGAGACCAGGUAAAGGCCAGCCUGGUCCACAUAGCAAGUUCCAGCCAGCCAGAGCUACACAGUGAGACCCUGUCUCAUAAAAACAAAAAUGAACCAGUGUGUGCCACCAUACUUGGUGUGUGUGUGUGUGUGUGUGUGUGUGUGUGUGUGUGUGUGUGUGUUGGGGGGAGAAGAGGUUAGUUUCUUUUGUGUUUUUUUUUUCAUAUUUAAUAGGAGUUUAAUGGAGUUACUAUAUAAUGGGGAGAUAGUUUCUCUCCAGACACCAUGGUCUAUCAAAUAAAAUGUGCAUUGCUAGGUA